AUGGUGGUUGUCACAUUCUUAAACUGCACCUGGAAGUACCAAAAAAUUGUCGACGUUUCCAACACAUUGGGGCGAAUCUUCCGGGAUACUAAGUAUAAGGUACGGGACGUGAAGAUCAUAGUAAUGGUCGCCGCACUUUUCAUUGUCCAUACGGUACAGUUCAUGAUCAGCCUUGCAAACAUGGUAAACGAUAUGGAAGUGUCCGUGGUGAUGAGUUAUGUCUGCGUUCUAUUCACGGACAGGACCAAACUUGUGUUUCUCCUUCAUUUCACACAUGUGGCUCAAAGCAUCGCCAUGGGUUUCGAAAUGGUUAAUGUCAGUGUGAAGGAGGUUUCUUAUAACGUAAAUCAACGGGCUAAGAUGGACAAUGGUCUGCCAGAUGUUGAAGUUCUUCAUACAACACGCACUACACCGUCCAAGAUCGAGAAACUGAGGACUCUGAUGAACACCUACUGGAUGCUGUGUGACGCCGUACACCAGGCUAAUGACUUCUACUGCGAUCAGCUGAUGACCGUCAUGUUCUCCUUAUUUGUCCACGUCACUAUCAUGUCCUACUUCUUCUUCCUGCACGUCAGAGCUGGUGAAGUGAUAGCCUUCAUUACAGAAGCCGUCUGGGUACUGCUGUCCAUCUGCUACGCAUUUAUACUGGCUGACAAGACAGUUACAAUGAUUUGCAAUUUGAUGAGCAAUGAUCUGGACCCAAACCUUAGAAAAGAGGUGAAAGGGUUCCUGCUGCAGUUGCCUCACCGCUACGCAAGAUUCUCAACUCGUGGCUUUUUCCAAGUCAACAACGAGACUCUCACAUCGAUGGCUGGAGCGGUGAUAACUUACCUGGUGAUCCUGAUCCAGUUCCAGACCGAGCAACAACCGGUUUAG